UUUUAUUAUUAUUAUUAUAAAACAUGAACAACAUUUAAUAGGUUUUUAGAAUAAAAGGAUAAAAUGAUAAGAAUUUUCGUUAUUUGUUAUGGUAUUUAUGUCGUACAUUGUGUAAGCGAUGAAGAGGUUAAACAAUUUACUACGUAUCUCGAUGAAAAAAUGACAAAAGCUCAAAAUGGAGAAUUAAGAAACGAUUCUUCCCAUUUUAAACCUUUAAAGGAUAAACCAACAAUUGAUUUUGGCUGUUAUGAUUUUAUAAUAAUAGGAGCUGGAGCUACUGGUACUAUAUUGGCUAAUAGACUUUCAGAAGAAAAAGAUUUUAAGGUACUUUUAUUGGAGGCAGGGGGAUAUCCCAACAACUAUACUGACAUCCCUUUUGUUAUUGAUAUGAGUAGAUUUACAAAAUUCAAUUGGGGAUACAAAACAGUUUCGCAAAAGUAUUCAUGCUUGGGCAUGGUUAACGAACAGUGCAUCAUACCUAGAGGUCAAGGAGUGGGUGGUACGACUUUAAUAAACGGUCAGAUGUAUGUAAGAGGACAUCCCCAUGACUUCGACAAAUGGGAGUCAUUGGGAAACCCAGGUUGGUCCUAUAAAGAUGUCCUACCAAUUUUUAAGAAAACUGAGGCCAUGCAUCAAAACAACCCGCAGACUGAAGUGGAUUGGCCAUACCAUAACACAUCUGGUCCGAUGUAUGUAGAGUAUUAUCCAACCACUGAUCCCCAGUUAAAUGCCUGGUAUAAAGCCCAAGCCUCUUCGGGAUAUAAGUUUGCUGAUCCCAAUAGUCCAGAACAAAUUGGAUUUGGACCAAAGCCUGGAUGUAUUAGAAAUGGUAAAAAAGUAGACGAUGGGACGGCAUUUAUAUUACCUAUACUUUCAAGAAAAAAUCUUAAAGUGCAAACUAACAGUUUGGUUACUAAAAUUUUGUUUAAAAAAGAUAAGAAAGGUCAAUUAACUGCAACAGGUGUUAAUUUUUCCUAUAACCGUAGUAAAUAUGUGGCUUGGGCUACUAAGGAAGUCAUUGUAUCUGGUGGUUCCAUUAAUACUCCACAAAUUUUAAUGCUUUCUGGUAUAGGACCUAAAGAACAUUUAAGAGAAAAGAGUAUUCUAGUCUUAAAGGAUUUACCUGUAGGCAAAACCCUGAGGGAACACCCUGCAUUUUUUGGAUUGUUGUUUAGUUCAAAUUACACGGAACCCAUAAAACCAUUCGAUGAGUAUGUAAGAGAAUACUUAAAUGGCUAUGGUCCACUAACAGUACCAGCUGAAUUAAAAGGAAUGUCUUUUUACCAAACGAAAUUUGAAUCAGUUCAAAAUUAUCCAGAUUUAGAAAUAAUAUAUGGUGCUGGUAACUGCACAAAUGCAUUUAUAAAAAAGGCGUAUAAUUUAAAGGAUGAAACAUACGAAGCAUUUUAUGCACCUUUGGAUCCACCAAGGUGUUUUAUCGUAGUUCCUACUGCUCUCCAUGUUAAAUCUGUAGGAAGUGUUAAACUUAAAACCAAUAACCCCUAUGAUUUUCCCCUUAUUGAUCCAAAUCAUUUGUCAGAUAAAGAAAAUAUAGAUGCUAAAACUAUUUAUGAAGGCAUUAAAAUGACUUUAAAUUGGGUAAAAAAUAUGCAAGUGGUUAACGCCACUUUAGGUAUAAAAGAGCUUCCAGCCUGCAAACAGCACGAAUUUUUAAGUGAAAAAUAUUGGUACUGUGUCAUAGCACAAAUGACAUCUAAUUUAUAUCAUCCUGUGGGUACUUGUCCAAUGGGUCCGAAUCCCAAAAAGUAUGUUGUCAAUCAUGAAUUAAAAGUACAUGGAGUUCAUAGAUUAAGAGUGGCGGACGCAAGUGUUUUUCCACUUACAUUAUCCGGUCAUCCCAAUGCACCAUGUGUUAUGAUAGGAGAAAAAUUAGCUAUACAUUUAAAAAAACAGUAUUUGUAAAUUAUGAUAAAAAUAAAGCAG